UCGCCCCGAAGCCGCACAAAUUUUAAUUGUUUGGUCGGUAAACAAAAUCAUUGAAUAUUUCGAAAUUCGUGCUUGCGAUAACAGAAGAAUGCAUACCAACGUAAAUAAAAAGGACUUUCAGUGUCGCAUUUGCUUGGUGCAGCCGAAGGACGAGUCCCUCAUGUGCACGGAGCCGGAUUUUCCAGAUCAAAUCAAACGGUGCACUGGAGUUGAGUUGAGUGAGAGUCCCAACUGUCCCAAUCGCAUCUGCACUAGCUGCGCACUGCUUUUCAGAGCGGCCCUCAAACUCAGAUCGCUUUGCCAGCAGACGGAGAAGGAGCUGAAGGAGCAGAAACUGCAGGAGCUAAACAUAGAGAUUGUUUACGAUGAGCAGGAGACCACAAAGAAGAAAAGGGAAUCAAGAGACCUUUCAAAGAAUGAGGCUACCGGCACCGACAGCGAGGUCGAGUACGAGUACCUAGAGCCCUACGAUGUGACGCUGGAGAGCAGCGAGGAUGUGGCCGGUAGUGCCGAUGAAUUGGUCAGCAUAGAGCCCGCCAACUCUGCUCCAGAGGAAUCAGUCUAUUCACUCAGUCCCAAACCGCAAACUUUUGAGGAUGAGGACUCCGGACAGGCUACUUCCUUUACCUGCCAUAUAUGCAACAAUGUCUAUUCCGAGCGGGUAAAGUUGAAUAACCACAUGAAAGUCCACAGCACGGAAAAACCCCAUGAGUGCGAGAUCUGCCAUAAACGCUUUCGCCAGACCCCGCAGCUGGCGAGGCACAUGAACACGCACACUGGCAAUCGUCCCUACAAAUGUGACUACUGCGACUCCAGGUUCGCCGAUCCCUCCACACGCAUUAAGCAUCAGAGAAUUCACACCAACGAACGACCGUACAAAUGCAAGUUCUGCAGCAAGUCCUUUGGCUACUCCAAUGUUCUCCGGGUUCAUUUGAAGACCCAUACGGGUGAGCGUCCAUUCAGCUGCCAGUACUGCCAGAAGUCCUUCUCUCAGCUGCACCAUAAAAAUACUCACGAAAAAUCACACAAAACGCCGAAAGAGGCGAAAGCAUGGCAGUGACUUACGCAAAUAAUUAAAGAGCGAAUUACACAUGUUUCUCUUUGAAAAUUGUUCAAUAAAUGGUUCAAAAAUAAAA